AUGGCCCAGAAACGCUUGAUGCAAGAGUUACAAGCCCUUCAAAAGGAGAAGUGGGUCUACGUAGAGCCUGACGCGCACAGUCUCUUGCUCUGGAAGGUUGGACUCUGGGUGGUGAAUCCGGAUAGUACUUGGCAUGGCGCCUAUCUCAAGGCCGAGAUACGGUUCCCUACCGACUAUCCGUACCAGCCGCCGACAUUCAAGUUUCUCACCCAGCAGGUCUGCCAUCCCAACGUGUUUACGGACGGCAUCGUAUGCAUUUCCAUCCUGCACAGACCCGGCGACGACGAGCAGUCGGGCGAGCUGGCCAGCGAGAGGUGGAACGUACUGCAUGGGGUGGAAUCCGUCCUUCGGUCCGUCCUGCUCCUCAUGGACAAUCCCGAAAUCAACUCUCCAGCCAACGUGGACGCCAGCCUGACGUAUCGCGACAACCGAGACGUGUACAACUCGCUAGCCAGGCAAGUCGUGGCUCGGUCCCAAAAGGACAUCCCCGGCGGGGCGCGGAUGCCUACACCGGCCGAACUAGCACCCGCGCCUCUCAAGCCGGUGGAAGACGAUGCAGACUUUUGGAACAUGACGGAUGAAGAGGAAGACUUUGGCGGGAGCGACAGCGACGAGGGCAUGGGAGACUUUGAAGAAGAAGAAGAAGAAGAAGAAGAAGAAGAAGAAGAAGAGGAUUUCGACGACGAGGACGAGGACGAGGCCGAGGCGAAAUAG